AUGCAUCGGCCAAGCGUGGCUCGUCGUUCGUCCAUUUCAAUGACAGUUAUCGACUACCCAUGGACGAAAACAAAAGAAGACGUUGCUGCCUUCUAUAAUGUUGAAGAGACUAAAGGUCUCUCUGAAGAACGAGUUAAACGUGAUCUUGAAAGAUAUGGACCUAACGAACUCCCAGCCGAAGAAGGUAAACCACUAUGGAAACUUAUCUUAGAACAAUUCGACGAUCUUCUAGUCAAAAUUUUACUUGCUGCUGCUUGCAUUUCAUUUGUAUUAGCUUUAUUUGAAGAACAUAAAGAAGAAGAUAGUCUUGUAGCAGCUUUCGUAGAACCCCUUGUCAUUCUUCUUAUUCUUAUUGCCAAUGCAACUGUUGGUGUUUGGCAAGAACGUAAUGCAGAAAGUGCUAUUGAAGCAUUAAAAGAAUAUGAACCUGAAAUAGCUAAAGUUGUACGACAAAAUCGACCAGGACAAAUUCAACGAAUUAAAGCUCGUGAUCUUGUACCGGGUGAUAUUGUUGAAGUAGCUAUUGGAGAUAAAGUACCAGCUGAUGUUCGUAUAACAACAAUUUAUUCAACAACACUUCGUGUUGAUCAAUCAUUAUUAACUGGUGAAAGUGUAUCAGUUAUUAAACAUACUGAUCCUGUACCAGAUCCACGUGCUGUUAAUCAAGAUAAAAAGAAUGUUCUUUUUUCUGGAACAAAUAUUGCAACAGGAAAAUGUCGAGGUGUUGUUGUUGGUACUGGUUUGAAUACGGAAAUAGGUAAAAUUCGAUCGGAAAUGGCCGAUACCGAAGAAGAAAAAACACCAUUACAACAAAAAUUAGAUGAAUUUGGAGAACAAUUAUCUAAAGUCAUUUCAAUUAUUUGUGUGGCUGUAUGGGCUAUUAAUAUUGGCCAUUUCAACGAUCCUGUUCAUGGUGGUUCAUGGUUUCGUGGCGCUAUUUAUUAUUUUAAGAUUGCAGUUGCUCUUGCUGUUGCUGCAAUUCCUGAGGGUUUACCAGCUGUCAUUACGACUUGUCUUGCAUUAGGAACACGUCGAAUGGCAAAAAAGAAUGCUAUUGUUCGUUCAUUACCAUCUGUUGAAACACUUGGCUGUACAUCAGUUAUUUGUUCGGAUAAAACAGGAACAUUAACAACAAAUCAAAUGUCUGUUCAUCGAAUGUUCAUAUUUGCAAAAGCCGAUGCAAACGACCUACAAAUUGAUCAAUUCGAAAUAACUGGUUCAACUUAUGAACCUAAAGGCGACGUUCUUUUCAAUGGAGCCAAAUUUAAUUGUUCGGAUCGUAGUGGUUUAGUUGAAUUAGCUGAAUGUGCAGCAUUAUGUAAUGAUUCAUCAUUAGAUUAUAAUGAAACAAAAAAAAUUUUUGAAAAAGUUGGUGAAGCAACUGAAACAGCCUUAACUGUUCUUGUUGAAAAAAUGAAUGUAUUCAACACUGAUAAAUCUCGUUUAUCACCACAAGAAUUAGCUAUGGCAUCAAAUACAAUCAUUCGUCAAAAAUAUCGUAAAGAAUUUACAUUAGAAUUUUCACGUGAUCGAAAAUCAAUGUCAGCUUUUGUGACAACAGCAGCAAAAGCUUCAAGUAGUAGUAAUCAAUCAUCAGCGAAAAUGUUUGUUAAAGGUGCACCUGAAUCUGUUAUUGAUCGAUGUACACAUAUUCGAUGUGGAACACAAAAGUUACCCAUGACAUCACAAAUUAAACAAGAAGCUAUGAAAUUAGUUCAACAAUAUGGUACAGGUCGUGAUACAUUACGUUGUUUAGCAUUAGGUACUAUUGAUAAUCCACUACGAAGAGAAGAUAUGGAUUUAGAAGAUGCAAAAAAAUUUGUUAACUAUGAAACUAAUAUAACAUUUGUUGGUGUUGUUGGUAUGCUUGAUCCACCACGUGCUGAAGUUGUUGAUGCUAUUGCUCGAUGUCGUGAUGCUGGUAUUCGUGUUAUUAUGAUCACUGGUGAUAAUAAAAAUACAGCUGAAGCUAUUUGUCGUCGUAUUGGUAUCUUUAAAGAAAAUCAAAAUACAAGAGGUAAAGCAUUUAGUGGUCGUGAAUUCGAUGACCUUUCAACUGAAGAACAAUCCGAAGCUUGUCGUCAUGCAAAAAUGUUUGCACGUGUUGAUCCAGCACAUAAAUCCAAGAUUGUUGAAUAUUUACAAUCACAUGGUGAAAUAACAGCAAUGACAGGCGAUGGUGUUAAUGAUGCACCCGCUUUGAAAAAAGCCGAAAUUGGUAUUGCAAUGGGUUCUGGUACAGCUGUUGCUAAAACAGCCGCAGAAAUGGUUUUAGCUGAUGAUAAUUUUUCAUCGAUUGUCGCUGCUGUUGAAGAAGGUCGAGCUAUUUAUAAUAACAUGAAACAAUUUAUUCGUUAUUUGAUAUCAUCAAAUAUUGGAGAAGUCGUCUGUAUCUUUUUAACAGCUGCACUUGGUUUACCCGAAUCAUUAAUUCCAGUUCAAUUACUUUGGGUUAAUUUAGUAACUGAUGGUUUACCAGCAACAGCACUUGGUUUUAAUCCACCUGAUUUGGAUAUUAUGGACCGUCCACCACGUAACCCGAAAGAAUCAUUAAUAACACCAUGGUUAUUUUUUCGAUAUAUGGCUGUUGGAACAUAUGUAGGAGCAGGCACUGUUGGUGCCUCAUGCUGGUGGUACGUGUCGUAUCACGAUGGGCCGCUGUUGUCAUGGACGCAGUUGAAACACCAUUUUAAAUGUCGUGCUGGUGGUAAAGAAUGGGAAGAUAUUGAUUGUGAUGUCUUCGAUGAUCCACAUCCAAUGACAUUGGCACUUUCAGUACUUGUUACUAUUGAAAUGUUAAAUGCACUUAAUAGUUUAUCUGAAAAUCAGUCACUUAUUAAAAUGCCCCCAUGGUAUAAUAAAUAUCUUUUAUUUGCUAUUGCUUUAUCCAUGUCAUUACAUAUGAUGAUUCUUUAUAUUCCUAUGUUUAACACCGUAUUUCAAAUUUGUCCUUUAACAUGGGAAGAAUGGUUUGCUGUUUUAAAAAUAUCUUUUCCGGUUGUAUUACUUGAUGAAACAUUAAAAUUUAUAGCACGACGUUAUAUCGAUAUUUCACCACGAAAUAGUGAAUUAGAUGAAUUGGAAGGAAAAUAG